UCUCUCUAUAAAUGCCACCAUAGCCUCUACUAAACAUAUUUUGAUUCUGUGCCUCGCUUUCGCCGCCUCCCCCAUUUUCACAUCAUAAAACCCUCCUUUUUGUGUUUUCUCUUUUCUUAGUCCGAUCCUCUUACGAGCUCUAAUCUGCUUCACUUUUCUGUACAAUCAUGUCAACCAUGUCAACCGUGUCGACUGCCCGAGUUCCCUCUCGUUGCAUGUUUAAACUUGUGCCGCAGAAGCAACUCACCAGUACCAUUGUCAAAUGCACGUCUGGUCUCGGAUCAACAAGGAACGCCUCCAAGAAAUUUGGCCUAAAAGCAGCCCAAUCUUUUAAGGCAUCAAUGGCUACGUACAAGGUUAAGCUGAUUUGCGAAGAUGGGACAGAGCACGAGUUCGAGGCUCCAGACGAUUGUUACAUCUUGGAUUCUGCAGAGAAUGCGGGAGUCGAGCUACCUUACUCUUGCAGGGCCGGGGCUUGCUCUACUUGCGCCGGGAAGCUGGCCUCAGGCACCGUUGAUCAGUCCGAUGGCUCUUUCCUGGACGAUAAGCAGAUGGAUGAGGGCUACUUGUUGACUUGCGUCUCGUACCCGACUUCGGAUAUCGUGAUUCACACUCACAAAGAAUCAGAGCUUUACUAAAUUAAAUGUAGUUUGCUGUUGGAAUUGAGUAGGGGACUUCGGAAUCCAUUUUCCAAAUAUUGGACUUUUUGGUAUGUUAUGGUAUGUCAUUUUCUAGAGAUGUUUGACUUGUUGUGUUGUGUAAGGCCAUCUAAGUUGAACCCAAGCAAUGCUUAUUCUCAAAUGCCAUCUGGGUUUCAAAGUUU